AUGUCCCUGGCGCCGACAGAUGACACGACUAGACGUAGGCGACCGGGCAGAAAAUAUACGUCCCGCGCCUGUGAGAUAUGCCGACAACGACGAGCCAAGUGCGAUGGCGUUCGACCAUCGUGCUCACGCUGUCUUGACCGUGGCGUCCAAUGCCAGUACUCCACCGCGGAGGAUGGUCGACAACCAGCUCCUAAGUCGUAUGUGGUCAUGCUGCGUAACAAAAUAGAACUUCUGGAGCGUGUUUUACACUCUCGCGGGAUAGACCCCGAUGCAGCAAUUCAACUGUUGGGCAAAAACGAUAGUCCUGAUCGAGAGCCUGACGCUGAGUGGGCAGAACCUUGCUCAAAUGUCGACGAUUUGUGCACCACAUUUGACGGUGCGCUCACAUUGGAUGAGUCUUUGAACUUUGACCAAGAUGGCGAGGUGCGGUACUUUGGACCGACAAGUGGGCGGUUGCCGUUUCGCUCUGCAUCAAAGGAUCUGCCCAAAGAGACGCAACAGACCGAAACUCCUUGUACUGGGAAUAUGGACUCUGGUUAUACAACCCAGCCUUGUGAAGACACUGAUUUCCUAGCCGAAAGCCUAAUAUCAGAUGAACUCAAAGCCCACCUGGUCGAUUUGUAUUUCGAGUGGGAGCAGCCGUGGCUACAAAUGGUCAACGAGCAGCUGUUUCGAGAUUCCAUGAAAGAUGGAGGCCGUUAUUUCAGCCCACUUUUGCUGAACUGCAUUCUAGCUAUGGGGUCACGAUACUGCGAACGCUUGGAGAUCCGAUCCGAUCCCAAUGAUUCAAACACAGCCGGCAGACUUUUCAUUAAGAAAGCCGAGCAAUUGAUCCAGAAUGACCUGAAAUGGCCCAAGAUCACAACAAUCCAGUCAUUGGCUAUAUUAGGCAUGGCUUAUAUCGCAAUGGGGUCCGACGCCGCCGGAUGGCUUCAUCAGGGUAUGGCGAAUCGCCUGGCGCUGGAUAUGGGAUUGAACAUGGAUCCAUCUGUUCUCUCGGGGGCAGUUGCUCUCCCGGCCAUUGAGAUUGAGUUACGCAGGCAAAUUUACUGGGCUCUUUAUUGCCACGACAAGCUGUCAGCAAGCUACACAGGCAGGGUUUGCACAUUACUGGACUCACAAGGAGUCGUGAACAAGCCCUUCGCUUUAUGUGCGCCAGAUGUAUCUUUGCCCUCAGCAAAUGGAAACGGGCAACUCCGGGCUGCCUCACAAAGAGAUGUGGUACAGUUGCACCGGGCAUUGAUUGAUUUGUGUCGUAUCUUCGAAAGAGUCCUUCUAGCAUUCUGGUCUCCAAAACCACUUCUCCAACCCACCCAACGGGCAUCCUUUUUUGAGUCCUGUGUCCUUGAUCUCAGUUCCUGGUACUACGACCUCGCCCAAGAGUUGAAGAUUGACCGUCCAUCGGGGCCCUCCCGAUUCCCACAUACUUAUACUUUAUGCAUGGUAUACCAUACCGUUUACAUCAUACUAUGUAUCCCCUUUUUAAACAACCAUUCCGAAACGAAAGGACCCAGGAACCAAAAUACUCAAGUCAAACAUGACACCAAUAGCGAUGCAUCAGAAACACGGCGCAAACAACAAGCCAUCACUAUUUGCAACAACUCUGUCCGGGCAGUGUGUGUUGUGGCUCAGAAGUACAGACAGACUUUUGGCAGCUUCAAGUUGAGCCCUGUGACUCCUACGCACUGCAUGCAUACGGCGGCACUGAUCAUUAUUGAGAAGUGCUCUGCGUUCGGCUCAUAUGCCAAAGAAGCCCAAACAAAGAGUCCAUCGCCACACGCAGCCGUAGGACUCUGUCUUCAGUCUUUGCAAGAACUCUCCACAUCGUGGGAUAUUUCGAAGCGUAUUGGACGGAAUCUAGAGAAACUUUAUUGCCAUCGACUGAAUUGCGAUGCUGAUCAGAUGCCAUCUGCCCCUUCAUUGGAGUUCAAUGCUUUAUGCACGACAAGUUGUGAACCGGUAAAUUCGGAAGAACUGCAUGCUGGCAAUGGGUUCAUGGCACCGCCAUUUGAGUCUGAACAGGGUCUCUUGGGCGCCAAUGACCAAUCGGCCCAACAUUCCCUAUUAACGCCACCGCUUGCCACCAUCAAUUGGUUUGAUACUUCUGCGAGAGACAUCCAUGAGGGUAACAGAAAUGAUGCAAGCGACUUUGGGAAUGCUAACAAUCCCGAUGAACAUUUUGUCAACAAUCUCGGCUUUGCUUUUUCUGCUGAUAGUCUCCCAAGUGACUACAACAUGUUUGAUACUCUCAACCAGAUGUAUUUGGAAGAUAUGUGGUAA